GGGGUCAAAAUUAUUGCGCGCUGACGGCUCUACAGUAUCGAGCGACAUAUUCUGUUUAUGAGGAAUCUUCCGAGCUAUUUAACAUUAUGUUUUUUUCUAUAUGAAUUAGUGCAAGUUAAUUGAACCUACGACGAUAUCAAUUCAGUGAUCAUGUCGGUACAAGCCAACGGCAAAACGCCUCCUCAAGCAUUCAGUAAAUGUCCAUUCGUCACACGUAGCGACUUUCAAGAUGGUUGCGUCGCGCUGCUCGAUCCUCUCGUGCCUCACUUUACACCAGGAAGUAGUCGAGUGAAAAUCGGUACCUCCACGACAAGAUUCGAUGAAGGCGCUGCUCAGAUCGAGGGCUUUGCACGCCCUCUCUGGGGCCUGGGGGCAUUGCUUGCGGGCGGGUAUGAAUAUAGCGAAGCAGAAAGAUGGCGCCAGGGAAUUAUCAAUGGCACAGACCCGGAACAUCCUGAAUUCUGGGGAGAGAUCGAGGAUCUUGAUCAGCGGAUGGUAGAGAUGUGCCCGAUUGGGUUUGCUUUGGCUGUGGCUCCUGAUGAACUGUGGAAUCCCUUGACGGAUAAACAGAAGGAUAAUGUUGCGAAGUGGCUUGGAAGCAUCAAUGAGAGAGAAAUGCCCAAUACGAACUGGUUAUGGUUCCGCGUCUUCGCAAAUCUUGGACUGAGAAAGAAUGGCGCAGCCUAUUCCUUGAAACGCAUAGAAGCCGACAUGGAUCAUCUGGAUACAUUCCAUGUUGGAGGCGGUUGGAGUAAUGAUGGUCCAAAAAGCCAUCACCAGAUGGACUACUAUUCUGGCUCCUUUGCGAUCCAAUUCCUGCAGCUACUUUAUUCGAAGUUAGCAGGCGACUUUGAUCCGGAAAGAGCUGAGAGAUAUAGAAACCGUGCCAAGGAGUUUGCAAAGGACUUUGUGCACUAUUUUGACAAAGAUGGGAGAGCUAUCCCCUUCGGCCGUUCCGUAACCUACAGAUUUGCAAUGGCCGGUUUCUGGGGUGCAGUUGCUUUUGCCGACGUCGAACUCCCUGCACCACUCACUUGGGGUGUUGUUAAGGGGCUCUUAUUGCGAAAUUUCCGCUGGUGGGCCACCCAAGAGGACAUAUUCAACAGCGAUGGCACCUUGACGCUGGGAUAUUGUUAUGCAAAUAUGUACUUGACGGAGAAUUACAAUUCCCCGGGAUCGCCCUACUGGUGCUGCCUGUCUUUCACGCCAUUAGCGCUGCCUGAAUCCCAUCCAUUCUGGGCUGCAGCAGAGGAACCAUAUCCAGGUGCCGCUUUGCCAGAAAUUGCUGUUCUAGGAUAUCCAAAGCAUAUUGUCAUCCACCGCGGUGGUCACGCUUUCUUGCUUUCUUCCGGCCAGGCUUGUCAUUAUCCACUGAAGGCAACCCAAGCGAAAUACGGCAAAUUCGCCUACAGCUCCUCCUUCGGUUACUCCGUUCCUACCGGUGGCUAUCAACUCGAGCAGCAUGCCCCUGAUAGCAUGCUCGCCAUAUCAGAGGACGGUGGAGAGAUAUGGCAGACUCGUCGGCUUGCUCUAAAUGCUCGCAUCGAACAGCGUGGUGAUUCGCCAGUGCUCAUCUCGGAGUGGAAGCCGUGGUCAGACGUCACUAUCGAGACAUACCUUCUCCCUCCCUCAGAGGAAACGGGGAAUUGGCAUAUUCGCGCUCAUCGAAUUUCCACGUCUCGCAAUAUCCUGACUUCCGAAGGUGCUUUCGCCAUCUACGGAUGUAGCAGUCACAACGGACGCAUUCUCGGUCUGUUCAAGGAUGAUUCAUCGUCUGAGGGUACAUUAGAGGAUUCGCAGCGCGCUCUCACUGUCUCCUCUGCUGGCGCCGUAGGGAUUGUAGAGCUUCAGCCGGGAAUAAGCCGUGCCGGGAAAGUUGUACUGGCAGACCCCAACUCGAAUAUCAUCCAUGGUAGAACACUUCUACCGUCUCUGGCGGCAACAAUUGAUGCUGGAAAGCAAUUCUGGUUUACCACGGCAGUAUUCGCUUUGCCAGCAGGAGAGGAAGGCUGGCAGGAUGUCUGGCGCAGCAAAUGGGAGAAACAGCCUCAAGUGCCGUCUUGGCUGCAAGAAAUGGUUGUUUCGAAGGCAUAAGAUUGAUGGUUCUCGAAAACUAUCUAUUUAAGUUACACAAUAUAGUGCACUACUCGGUUCUUUUACUUCUGUCUGGUUUCACUAUCAAUUGAAAUGUAGCUUCGUUUUAUUUGUAUCUGUACAUUCCAAUUCUAGUAACAAAAUAUUCUUAUAUCUGUUCCCAUUCGAACUGUAUCCUCUCUUGGAUGACCUGGAAGCCAUGUACCACCUGAUAAGACGUCUUGUUAUCCAAGCUUCGUGUGGUACAGAUGCUCCAAGACUCACAAUGCUCGUGUGCAAUUGACGG